CCGAGAGGGGCGGGGCUUACUCGCUGACGCCUAAUCUGGCGGCCGGAAGCUGCCUGGCUUGCGAAGGAGUAGGGCAAACUCGUGACUUCCGUCGGCUUUUAGAUGCUUCCUAUGUAGAGGCCCGAUGGAGUUGCGGGUUUAGCGCGUUGCUCUGCAGCGGCCUCUGUACGUCUCAUCUGGUGUCCGGAGCUCCCUGGAGCUUGGCGAAGAUCUGGGCGGCUCCGCUGCUCUCUGUUCCCGGCGUCCGCCCGGUUGAGGAGAGCGGGCCCCUGGGAGUCGCGCGUGCACGUCUUCUCCGUCGUCCUCCCGGGGCGGGGCGCGGGGACAGCGGAGCUGAGGCGUCCGGGACAUCCUGAAGACUGCGCUUACUAAGGGUGCUUAGAGAGGAGUAGUUCAAAAUGUCAAAAAUUAGGAGGAAGGUCACAGUGGAAAACACCAAGACCAUAUCUGAAAGCACAUCCCGAAGACCUAGUGUGUUUGAGAGGCUUGGACCCAGCACUGGAAGCACAACAGAGACACAGUGCCGUAACUGGCUGAAGACCGGCAGCUGCCUCUAUGGAAACACAUGUAGGUUCAUACAUGGCCCUUCACCUCGUGGGAAAGGUUACAGCAGCAAUUACAGAAGGUCACCGGAAAGGCCUACAGGUGAUCUCAGAGAAAGAAUGAAGAAUAAGCGUCAGGAUGUGGAUUCUGAAUCCCAGAAACGGAACACAGAGGAGUCAUCCUCACCUGUUAGGAAAGAAUCUUCAAGAGGGAGACAUAGAGACAAGGAAGACAUAAAAAUUGUUAAAGAGAGAACUCCAGAAAGCGAAGAAGAAAACGUAGAAUGGGAAACCAACAGAGAUGAUUCUGACAAUGGAGAUAUUAAUUACGAUUAUGUUCAUGAGUUAUCAUUGGAAAUGAAGCGUCAGAAAAUACAGAGAGAAUUAAUGAAGUUGGAACAAGAAAACAUGGAUAAAAGAGAAGAAAUUAUUAUUCAAAAGGAGGUUUCCCCAGAAGUGGUGAGAUCAAAGUUGUCUCCAUCACCUCUGAGAAAGUCGAGUAAAUCUCCAAAGCGGAAGUCCAGCCCCAAGGCAUCUUCAGCUGGCAAGAAAGAGCGGAAGGCUGCUGUGGUGGCUUCCCCGCUGCUGGACCAGCAGAGAAAUUCAAAAAGCAACCAAAGUAAAAAGAAAGGGCCACGCACUCCUAGUCCACCUCCUCCUAUACUAGAAGAUAUCAUUCUGGGAAAAAAAUACAAAGAAAAGUAUAAAGUGAAAGACAAGAUAGAAGAAAAACCAAGAGAUGGAAAGGACAGAGGACGGGAUUUUGAAAGGCAAAGAGAAAAACGAGACAAACCAAGGUCUUCCUCCCCGGGACAGCACCAUUCUCCUCUGUCUUCUAGACAUCACUCGUCGUCCUCACAGUCAGGGUCAUCUAUUCAGAGACAUUCUCCCUCUCCUCGCCGGAAAAGAACUCCUUCCCCAUCCUACCAGAGGACUUUAACUCCAUCUUUACGACGUUCUGCAUCUCCUUAUCCAACCCAUUGUCUGUCUUCUCCUCAGAGAAAGCAAAGUCCUCCAAGACAUCGCUCUCCAAUGAGAGAGAAAGGGAGGCAUGAUCAUGAACGGACUUCACAGUCACAUGAUCGGCGUCAUGAAAGGAGGGAAGAAGCUCGAGGCAAAAGGGAUAGAGAAAAGGACACCAGAGAAGAGCGAGAGUCUGAACAUGACCACAGGGAUGACAGAGAACCGCGAGACAGUCGGGACCGGAGAGACACUAGAGACCGCAGGGAACUUAGAGACUCCAGAGACAUGCGGGACUCCAGAGAGAUAAGGGAUUAUAGCAGAGACACCAAGGAGAGCCGUGAUCCCAGAGAUUCCCGGUCAGCUCGGGAUGUCCAUGACUACAGGGACCGUGAAGCUCGGGAUGCUCAUGCUCGAGAUGUUCGGGAUGUCAGGGAUGCUCGAGAUGCUCGAGAUGUUCGGGAUGUCCGGGAUGUCAGGGAUGCUCGAGAUGUCCGGGAUGUUCGGGAUGCUCGAGAUGUCCGGGAUGCCCGGGAUGUCCGGGAUGUUCGGGAUGUCCGGGAUGUCCGGGACACCAGAGAUGCCCGGGAUGCCCGGGAUGCUCGAGAUGGUCAUCGAAAGGAGGAUGUAUACCAGGAAGAAGCCCGUAGUUAUGGCAGAAACCACCUGAGAGAAGAGAGUUCUAGAGUUGAACUAAGGAAUGACUCUAGAAAUGAGUCUCGAAGUGAAAUUAGAAAUGACCGCAUGGGCAGAAGUAGGGGGAGAGGUCCAGAACUGCCUGAAAAGGGAGGUCGAAGCACAAGAGGUUCCCAAAUGGAUAGCCACAGUAGUGGCAGCAACUACCAUGACAGCUGGGAAACUCGAAGUAGCUAUCCUGAAAGAGACAGAUACCCUGAGAGAGAUACCAGAGAUCAAGCAAGGGAUUCUUCCUUUGAGAGAAGGCAUGGAGAAAGAGACCGUCGGGAUAACAGAGAACGAGAUCAAAGACCAAGCUCACCUAUUCGCCAUCAGGGGAGGAGUGAGGAGCUUGAGCGAGAGGAAAGAAGAGAGGAAAGACGAAUAGACAGAGUGGAUGAGAGACGAGAUGAAAGGGUCAGAGACAGAGAUAGGGAGAGAGAGAGAGAGCGGGAGAGGGAGAGAGAUCGGGAACGGGAGCGGGAGCGGGAAAAGGAAAGAGAAAGAGAACUAGAAAGAGAGAGAGCUAGAGAGCGGGAGAGAGAGAGAGAGAAAGAGAGGGAGAGAGAGCGAGAAAGAGAAAGAGAUCAGAGAGAUCGUGACCAUGAUCGAGAGCGAGAAAGAGAGAGGGAGCGAGAGAGGGAAAAAGAACGGGAGCGAGAAGAGAGAGAGAGGGAGAGAGAAAGGGAAAGGGAACGGGAAAGAGAAAGGGAACGGGAGCGGGAGAGAGAGCGAGAACGUGAGCGGGAGCGAGAAAGGGCCAGAGAAAGAGAAAAAGAACGAGAGCGGCAAAGAGAAUGGGAGGAUAAAGACAAGGGACGCGAUGACCGGAGGGAGAAGCGCGAGGACGUUCAUGUUCGAGAGGACAGGAUCCCCAGAGACGGCCACGAGGAGAGAAAGUCCAAGAAACGCUAUAGAAAUGAAGGGAGUCCCAGCCCCCGGCAGUCCCCCAAGCGCCGGCGGGAGCAUUCUCCUGACAGUGACACCUACCACAGUGGGGAUGACAAAAAUGAAAAGCAUAGACUCUUGAGCCAGGUCGUACGGCCACAGGAAUCUCGUUCUCUCAGCCCGUCCCACCUCACAGAAGACAGGCAGGGUAGAUGGAAAGAGGAGGAGCGUAAAUCGGAAAGGAAGGAGAGUUCAAGGCGCUAUGAAGAACAAGAACUCAAAGAGAAGCUUUCUUGUGGCGACAGGCAAAGGGAGCAGACAGAAAGCGUGGACGGCGGCUCGAGAGCGCGCAGCGCGCAAGACCUGCUCAGCCAUCGCCAGGCUGAAGACCGCGACCGAGAUGGGUCUGAUCGAGCCCAUGAUGAAAAGAAAAAAGCAAAAGCUCCGAAGAAACCCGUAAAGAAAAAGAGGGAGGAGGAUGUUGGAAUAGAGAGGGGCAACCCUGAGACACACGAGGAUAGUCAAGUGUUUUCACCAAAAAAAGGACAGAAAAAGAAAAACAUUGAAAAAAAGCGUAAAAGAUCCAAGGGGGAUUCUGAUGUUUCUGACGAAGAGGCAGCCCCGCAGAGUAAGAAGAAGAGGGGUCCACGCACACCCCCUCUUGCCAUCAAGGAGGAGCUGAUUGAGAUUUCCACUGACAAGGAAGGCAUCCUUGAGGAUCCCCUGAAGAAAGAAGAUACCGCCUUUAGUGACUGGUCUGAUGAGGAUGUGCCUGACCGCACAGACGGCUUGGAAGCUGAGCACACUGCAGCCGCGGCCACUCCCGGGAGCACCCCUUCCCCCAUGUCGUCUCUUCUCCCUCCCCCGCCCCCUGUGGCUGCUGCCGGUACUGCAGCCACUGCUCUUGCCGCCUCAGCCAUUUCUGCCACCACCUCUACCACCAUUUCAAGCUCUGGUGCCACCUCCAAUAUCAAUGCCAGUGAAGACUCACACAGAAAAUGCCACAGGGCACGAGGGGAGAAGGUAGAGGUGUCUCAUGUGACCCUGGAAGAUACACCACAUCGCAAACUGGUGGAUCAAAAGAGAAGCAGCAGCCUGGGAAGCAAUCGGAGUCACCGCAGCCAUACCUCUGGUCGCCUGCGCUCCCCAUCUAAUGAUUCUGCACAUCGAAGUGGGGACGAUCAGGGUGGUCGGAAGAGAGUGCUCCACAGUGGCUCCAGAGAUAGAGAAAAGACAAAGAGCCUAGAGCUCACAGGAGAGAGAAAAUCUAGGAUCGAUCAGUUAAAGCGUGGAGAGCCCAGUCGGAGUACUUCUUCAGAUCGCCAGGAUUCCAGAAGCCACAGCUCCAGAAGAAGCUCUCCUGAGUCAGACCGACAGGUUCACUCCAGGUCUGGGUCAUUUGACAGCAGAGACCGGCUUCAAGAACGAGAUAGGUAUGAGCAUGACAGAGAGCGUGAGAGGGAGCGGAGAGAUCCCAGACAAAGGGAGUGGGACCGGGAAGCAGACAAAGAGUGGCCUCGGACCCGAGACCGUGAUAGACUUCGGGAACGCGAGAGAGACCGAGACAAAAGGAGAGACUUGGACAGAGAGAGAGAGAGACUGGUCGCCGACCCCAUGGAAAGAGACAGAGAACGAGAUAGAACUUUUGAGACGUCUCAGUUGGAAUCUGUGAAGCGAAGUGAAGUCAAAUUGGAGAGUGAACACGACAGAGACCUGGAGGGCAGCUCCCGGGACUCUGUGGCCUUGGACAAAGAAAGGAUGGACAGAGACCUGGGGUCUGCGCAGGGGUUUGAGGAUGUGAGUAAAGCGGAGAGAACAGAGAGUCUGGAAGCAGGAGAUGACGAGUCCAAGUUAGAUGAUGCGCAUUCGUUAGGGUCUGGUGCUGGGGAAGGCUAUGAGCCCAUCAGUGACGACGAGCUAGAUGAAAUUCUGGCAGGGGAUGCAGAAAAGAGAGAGGACCAGCAGGAAGAGGAGAAGAUGCCAGAUCCAUUAGAUGUGAUAGAUGUGGACUGGUCUGGACUAAUGCCAAAGCAUCGGAAAGAGCCGAGAGAGCCCGGGGCUGCACUCUUAAAGUUCACACCCGGAGCCGUGCUACUACGAGUUGGGAUUUCUAAAAAGUUGGCCGGUUCUGAGCUCUUUACAAAAGUUAAAGAAACAUGUCAACAACUUCUAGAGAAACCCAAAGAUGCAGACAGCCUUUUUGAACAUGAACUAGGGGCUCUCAACAUGGCUGCUUUACUUCGAAAAGAAGAGCGGGCGAGUCUCCUUAGUGACCUGGGACCAUGUUGUAAAGCAUUAUGUUUCAGACGGGAUUCUGCAAUCCGGAAGCAGCUUGUGAAGAACGAAAAGGUACCACGCAGUGGUUGGGAACCGUGAAGCAGGCGUACACCAACACUCCGAUGGUGGACAACGAGCUGCUUCGGCUGAGUCUUCGGUUACUCAAGAGGAAGACUUCCUGCCACACCCCUGGGCAGGAAAAGACUGAAGAUGGGAAAUUAGCCCCGUGCAGUGGCCAGCAGGAGCUGUGUGUGUCCUAGGCAGAGAUUGAGGACGGCCCGUUUGCUCUCUCUUCACAGGAGUGCAUAAUCUUUCUCAAAGUUUUUUGUUUUGAGACAUUGCUAAUUACAGAGACAGAAGAGUCACCGGCCACAUCAGAUGUGAAGAACUUCAGUCUUCAGAGACACCAGUUUUGGUUCAUUUAAGAUUUUACAUUAAUUUUUAUACAGUAAUUGACACUCAGGCAAAAUAAUGUGAAAAUGUCUAGAUUUAGUAAUUUCGUCUGUGUCUUCAUUAAAAUUGAAGAUUUUAAGUAACCAGGUCACCCCUGCUCUUCCAGCCUAUGAAUACUUCCUAUGAAAUAAAAGCACUGAUUUUUAUUCUGGAUCACCACGCAGAACUGACCGUAGUCAGAAAGGUGUGUCGCUAGAGGCUGCUGCACAGGCUGCAGUGCCGUGUACAGAGCUCUGAGGUGCGCCGGCCUUGCGAGUGCGCCCGGAGGCAGUCUUCACAAGGAAACCCCAGUGGGUUUGCUUUUUUCUUUUGAAAAUUCUAAAAUAAAUGACUCCAUGGGAUUUUUUUUUACACAUGUACAUUGCUACAUUAUAUAUUGGAAGUCUUUGGACUUUUGAGUGGGGUUUAAUUGUUCAUUAUCAGAGACUGUGUGCUAUUUUAUUUUUAAUAAAUGUACGUUCCCUUUUCUUGUUGUA